AUGUCGGCCGAGGCGCAGCGCGAAGACCUCCCCCGCAUCUCCUGCGAGACCCUCGACGACUGGCGCCGCAUAAAACGCAACUACACCAUCGCCGCCCUUACCGCACUCGAUGAGCAGCUCAGCGGCAACAACUCACCCGCAGACCGUGAGGCCCUCCUCGCCCACCUCCACAAGUUCAUCGACAAGACGUUUGAGAUGACGCGGCCGAACGUGAGGGUGAACGGCCAGAACCUCGAGGAUAUCAACGAGGACGAAGAAGACAUGGAGCCGUUCGACGAGGGCUUCGACCGCCAUAUCUGGUCCCUCUCUGACCAGAGCCUCCGCUGGGACCUCCAGAUUGCCCGCGAGCGCCGCACUAAGCCCGAGGAGAUCGAGAGGCAGAUGCGCGAACUGUUGGCUAGCCAGGCGGAGCUCGAUGCGGAGGAGGCGGCUGCGCUAGCGGAGGUGGGCGAGCAGGACGUGCAGGUCCCGGACGAGAUUCCGGCAGAAGCGCACCAACGUAUGGAGGACGUCGCCUCCCAAACGUUUGCUCUUAUUGAGGAGCUGAAGCAGGCGGUGCCCGUACAACAGGAGCGUUCGGAACGCGUGAAGACCGUCGCGGACGAAAUCAAGGCGCUCAAGAUGUAG